AUGGAGGAAACUCCAGUCCAGGAUAGCAAAGAACCAAAGACUUGCCAAAGAUGCAAGACAACCCUGCUGGAUGCUGGCAUUGAAGAUUUGGAAAGCCUCAAACGUCAACUGGACCUGGGGAACUGUUUACAGGCACUGUUUUCGGCCCAAAAACACAACCAGAGGUCAUUGGUACAAGCGGCCAUUGAGGUUAUGUCCGACAACUACCUGCAGGUACUCCUGGAUCCCGACCUUUACGGGCGGCUUACUGAUGCCGAUCGGGAGCUAAUCCUGAGGCAGAGAACAAGAGGAAGAAGAUUCAUCAUGGUGGCAGAUAUGGACCCCCAAGACUGCCAGAGUGCUGUGUAUUACUAUGACGACUGUGGAAACACCUGGCACAAACUUUGCUCCGUUCCGCUGGAAGUCAUCAGCAAAGCUUGUGCCACAUGCACAAUGGAUAACUACCUGUUUGUCGCUGUGGGUUGCCAAAGCACCGAGACAGAAAUGACACCUUCCAAGCGAGUGUUUUGCUAUAAUCCUCUCACGGCCAUUUGGAAGGAGAUCAGCCCCAUGAACGAAGCCAGGCCCAAUUGCAAACUUGCCGCACUGGAUGGCUACAUCUACGCCAUCGGUGGGGACUGCCUCUCCUCGGUGGAGCGCUACGACCCGCGGUCAGACGAGUGGACCUUUGUGGCCCCUCUGCCAAACGAUACGUUCUCCGUGGCCCACCACGUGACCGUGUGCAAAGAGGAGCUGUUUGUGUCCGGCGGUAGUCUCCGCUACAUGCUUCUGCGCUACAGCCCCAAGAGCGACACGUGGAGGGGGAGUCUGCUGACCGGUGGCAAAGACAGGACGGCAGACAUCGUGGCCGUGGGACCCUUUCUGUAUCGCUUUGACGUCAACCCUCAGCUGGGGGUCAGCGUGUACCGCUACCACACCGUGGCCCGACUGUGGUACGAGUGCGGCACCAAACGCCUCCCCCGCUGUCCUGCGUUCCGGUGCGUCGCAAUCGACGACGUCGUCUACUGCGUCAGCCGUCGCUUCACCUUGAGGUUUGAGGCCGACGAGAUCUCUCCGGCUUUCGCUGACGACGAGUUGAGCGUCCCCUCGGCAGCCAGGGGUCUCCUUUUCCCCUUUGUACUGUCGCUGCCUGACGCGAGCCCUCGGCAGACCAGCGUGUAG